GCAGCCGGCUAUCCAAACAAACACCAAAAGUCUUUUUUUUUUACGCGCUGCUGCUGCAGUAACGUUAUGAUUGAUCUGAAUUUCCACGUAUCCCUUCACGCAGCCGUGCAACACUCGUGGGAUAAACUCAAACGAUCCGUGCAAGGUUCUCCUCCUCCUCCUCCCUCCUCAUCCUGACGUCAUGCACGGAGCUGGAGCUCUUUGCGCGCAGAGAACUGCUGGCAGGCAGACGACGCACGGACUGUGAGUGUCUCUAUGCUGCCUGCAGGACUGUGGAGCGUGCAGCGGAGCGAGAGGUCGAGGAGGGACGACGCUCGAUCGCGUUUGGAUACAACUGGAAAACUACCGAGCGCGCACGGCGCGGCACGCACGACCAGAGGAAGGCGCGUCGACCGGGCGACGUUUCAACCGCGAUCAGGCGAGAAUGGAGCUCCCCGCCGCCGGAGAGCACGUCUUUGCGGUGGAGGGCAUCGAGAAGAAGCGCAUCCGCAAGGGCAAGACCGAGUACCUGGUCAAGUGGCGAGGCUGGUCUCCCAAAUACAACACGUGGGAGCCAGAGGAAAACAUCCUCGACCCGCGUCUUCUGGUGGCUUUUCAGCACAGAGAGAGACAAGAACUGUUGCUGGGAUAUCGUAAACGUGGGCCAAAACCAAAACAUCUUUUACUGCAGGUGCCCUCAUUUGCCCGAAGAUCAAGUAUUCCUGCAGGCUUAGAGGAAACAUCUCAGGAUACUGAAGAAAAUCUCAAGUCAGAUUCUGUCCAGAUCCAGCGCACGCAGCCUCAACAGUACCAGCUAAACAGCAAGAAGCACCAUCAGUACCAGCCCAGCAGCCAAGAUAUCCCUACUGACCAGCUAACAAAUGGCAAAAAAAAGUUCAUCUACCAGCUCAACAGCAAGAAACAUCACCACUAUGAACCAGACCCCAACAUGUAUGAUGCACAAGCUUCUAGGCUCAAAGAGGUCAUUAAAGUUCAGGAAUUAGCCAGCAAGCCAACCAAUCCUGGUUGGAACUUACCGCUGGCACUGCAACAGAAAUGGGUUCGCGACAAAGACACGGGCUGCUUGAGCAAAGUCAAAGAGUUGGCGGUAGAAGUGAAGAAACCAACAGCCACAGUUAAAGAGGCUGAAAGUGAACACGCCCUCAAACCCAAUCCUAAAGACGCAACUCUCCCCGGCGCCAUCAGCAGCAAAAUGAAGAUCAUUAAAAACAAAAACAAGAAUGGGCGCAUUGUUAUUGUUAUGAGUAAGUACAUGGACAGUACCAAGGUACACGGAACGAAGGGUAAACACAGGGAGUCAUCAAGUGAAGAGAAAUCCCAAAGUAGCAAACCACCAGAAAACAAUCCCCCACACCAAAACAAAACGGUGGAGCAGUUGCAUACAGAGAAUGGUGUCUUCAAAGAGACAUGUCAUGGCAGCUCUCUUCCUGCUGCAGAGCAUCCCAUAAAGUGCUCUCCAAAGGACAGGCAUUUCUCCAAGCCUUCACCAAGCACAGCAGAGGAAUACAACACUGAAGUGGCUCGGGGUCAGGCUGAUUUGCCGGAUGAUCUCCCCUUACAGCUGACUGCUAGCUCACCCCCAGCAUCCUGGGCUGCUGAUAUGAACAUCCCAAUCCCUACAGCCGUGGACCAAAUCAGGAUCCCUUCCUUUCCUGGUGACCGCAAGCGUAAGAUGUCAGAGCCUGUGGAAGACAGGGGUGUUUCCAAAACCUUCCUGACUUCCAGAAGCUUUAGUGUCCCUGGCAACAUGGUCACACCACCUCAGGACAAACCUAUGGACCUCCACUGUAGUGGUCCACGUCACAGCUGUUCUUACUCUUACAGCACUGUGUGCAGCCAAGACGAGCCAAUGGAUCUAAGCUGUCCAAAAACUAAGAAGCAGUCACAAUCUGAACUACAGCCUGAGCCUGAACUUGCAGUCAAUAAGCCUCCUCCUGUGACGGAGGAUAUUCCGAAGCCCGCAGAGAAGUCCACAGAAAAACCCGCAGACAAAAUCUCCCCUUUUAUGGGAAACAUAAUCAUCACUGACAUUACGACAAACAGUCUCACUGUCACAUUUAAAGAAUAUGUUUCUUUCUGAGAAACUUCAGGACUUGACUUUGGGACUGUAUCAGUAUGUGCAUAUGUAAAAAGGAGGAUUGUGUACAUGGAGAAAUUUAUAAUUUAUCAUUCAAAUCCAAUAUGUUUCUUAUAUUGUUUUAUACUGUAACUACUCUGUGAUGUUGUAGCCAAGAAAGUGCCCUCGAACAUUUGAGCGAAUGCAUUCAGGUGGGUGCAUUCUUCAAAAAAACGAAGAAAAAAAAAUCGGUUUAUAUGUUGUGUGGAAUUCAAUGGGAAACCUUUUUGCUGUUGUUUCUUACAGUACCAAACUUAUAAUGUAAGAUUUAUGAAGGUUUAUACAUAUUUUGUAUUAAUAAUAGUACCUAUAUCAGUUCUAAUGGAAAGUAGAGAGGAAAUGUUGCAUUUAUAGUGAUCAAAGAUCAGAUUGAGAGCACUUAAUUGCUGGUGCAUAAAUUAAUUUGUGUCAAGCACCCUUGUUGAGGAAAAAGCUGAACUCCCUCCAUGAGUCUUAUUUUGUUGACUUUAACCAAUCUACUGCAGUCAGAAACCUUCAGUCUGACUUAAAUAAAUGUUUUGCCUGCAGCUUUUGUAAUAAAUAAGGCAUUAAAUGUAAUCCAGAUUUGCUGCAUGUGACACAAAGACUGUGAAUAAAUAUGGAUGAUGCACCUCAGUUCAGCUGUGGAGAAAAGUGAAGCCAAAUUCAACAUGAUGCUGGUGCUACGAUCUUAAAUAGCCAACAUGUAACAAUGCUAUUCAUGUAUUUGUUAGAUGUCAAAUUGGCAAACUGCUUAAAUAUUUGCUUACUGGGG